AUGAAGGGAGACCUGGCAGCCACAGGAGCGCAGGGGGGCAGGACUCCAGCUCCCUCCAGCUCCCUCCUCCCCUGGCUGCCCUCGGACGCCCCAGGCGGGCAGACCCCCGGGAGCCUCGGGGACCCCCUGCCCGUCAGCCUGGCGUCUCCCCUCCUCCUGCUGGGGGCCGAAAUCCCCGUGGGAACGGUGGACACCUGGCUCGGAUCGGAAUUUUCCGGGGACACUGCGGGGGCCGCGCUCGUGCCCGCAGCGGGGCGCGCACUCGGGGCGCGCGGGACCGAGGCCGGGGCGGGGCCGGGAGCCGCCUCUCCGCGCACGCGCAGUGCGCCAACGGCUCCACCCGCCGGGCCCCGGGCGCCCCUCCCCCGCCCCCUUGUGGCCCCCCCCCCCCGGGGCCCUGGGACCCCCAAACGCCGCCCGGCCCCGGCCCUGGCGCCCCGGGGGGCCUGGGACGCGGGAGGCUCCGAGCGCACUGCCCCGCCCUGUCCCCGCCAGCGGCCAGGGCCGGGGGCCAGAGCGGGGAGGGCUCUGACAGGGCCAAGCAAGGGUCUGAACCCCAAAGCCUGGGCUCUGCACAGGAUCCCCAGGAGGGGCACUGAGCCCAGCAUGAGAGCUGACGAGGACGGGGCUGCGGUUGCCACUGCUGGCUGCCGAGCAGCAGUGAGGAGUCACCCUGCAGACCCCUGCGACAGAGCAGGGUCCCUGAAGGUCACGGGCUUCCAGGAGCGAUGCCUGCAGCCGCCCAUCACCAAGGACAGCACUGGCGGGAUGCGGACGGCCUGGACCUCGGCAUCUGGGUCCCCCUGGACCAGGAGCAAGCCCCGUCUCCUCCGCGCGGGAAGGCAGCGAGCCGGUCCCCGAGCUUCUCCUUUAUUACGUGAAAGAGAAACAGAGUCAAAAGCGACCUGUUUCUCCUGUGAAAAUUGAAUCGUGAGACCAAGUGAAGGUGGCUGAGGAGGUGGGACCGGAGCUCUUCCUGCUGCUGGGAAUGCGAUGACCACUUUGGAAAGCAGUUGGGUAACUUCUUACAAGAUUAAACACCCCACCCUUCCAUGCUGUCAUUAACCCCCAGUCCUAGUAAAGUCCCACACUCGGACUUUACAAGAACCUUCCAAGCAGCUUUAUUAGCCCCCGACAGAAACUGGAACAACCCAAAAGCCCACGGCCAGGGACGGAUACAGACUUGCGGUGCCGUCUACACCGCUGAAUGCCACUGGCACGAGUGAGCAUGAACAGCGCGGCUGAACCGCAGCCAAGUGUGCUGAUCACCAGUGUGCAUUGAAUGUUCUAGUAAAUGCAAACUGACCUUUGGUGACAGCAAACAAAUCAGUCGUCGCCCGGCGCCGGGAAGAGGGGAGGCACGAGGAAACCUUCGGGGCUGGCGGGUGUGUUCAUUAUCUUGCACGUGGUGGUGGUUUUGUGCCCAAACUUACCAAGCUGUACACUUUACGUGUUUUCAGUUUAUUGCAUGUCAAUUAUAUUUCAAUAAAGCAGUUUUUAAAACA